AUGCUGAGGGAUCUCCGACAGUCCAUUGUUCACAUCGUCACAGCAAUAUCGCACCUCAAGGAAUGGGCUGGCAUAGGAAGGCUGGCAAUCAUCUGCAUUGCCACAGGAGCUGCGGAAGCGACGCGGAGAUGGAGUCAGGUGGCGUCUGGUACCGACGGUGUCCAGGAACGGAGGGGCUCGUUAGAAGCUGGAAGGAGGAACCAAGAUGAGGCACCUCAGUCCGGGAUGAACGGGCUUCCGAAACACUCCUACUGGCUGGAUCUCUGGCUUUUCAUUCUUUUCGACCUGGCCUUGUUCGUCUUCGUGUACCUCUUGCCCUGACNGGUUUGCUGAGUCAAGAAUGGGGCUUCUGGAGUGAAUCUUGAAAACGACUAUAGACNCUUGAAUGAAGAGGACUUCCAGCAGCUGACUUCGGCACCUCUNUCUGACCUUCCCUUCAGCCCUUGGCCUCACUCAAGUAGCAUCAUAUGUUUAAAACCUGUUUUUAAUGGUUGAAGCAAUGAUUGUAGCUAAAUGAUAUAUAAUAUAUAUUUUUAAUAAUGUCUGUAACUUAAGUACUUAAGGGAAAUAAAUGUAUGUGGUUAUUUACUCACCCAAUA